ACUGCUAAUGUUACCGAUCCAGACAACAUUCAGGCAGCAGCUGUCAAUCUGUUUUACAUUACUAACCUGAUACACGAUAUCACAUACCAGUAUGGUUUCACCGAGGCUGCUGGUAAUUUCCAAAAGGACAACUUUGGAAAAGGUGGUAAAGGCGGCGAUGCAGUCAAUAUCAAUGUCCUAGAUACUUCGGAUAAGGAUAAUGCCAUUUUUUUAGCUCCACCUGAUGGUCAACCUGGCAUAAUGCUAAUGUUUCGAUUCAUUUCUGCCAAGCCCAAUCGCAAUGGUGGUUUGGACAACCAAGUUCCUUUGCACGAAUAUGGACACGGUAUUUCAAAUCGGUUGACUGGUGGACCUGAAGCAGUUGAGUGUUUGUUUGAUGGUGAGGCUGAUGGUAUGGGUGAAGGCUGGUCCGAUAUAUUUGCAAUAAUCAUAACUGCCAAAGAAUCACACAAAGCCGACACUCCAAUUGGCAUUGCUGCAUAUGUCAAGAAUUCGCCCACCGGUAUUCGCUCUCAUCCUUACACUACUGACAUGAAAGUCAAUCCCUUGACGUAUGCCGAUAUUAAAACUCGUCAAAAGUCUCAUGAUAUGGGUGUAGUGUGGGCUUCUAUGCUUUGGGAAGUCUACUGGAAUUUGGUCACCAAGAACGGAUUCUCCACCAAUCUCUACGACGCCAAGGGCAAGUUUGGUAACAUUAUUACUAUGCAGAAUAUGAUUGGUGGUAUGAUGCUCCAGCCAUGCGAUCCAACUUUCCUUAGUGCCCGUGAUGCUUUUAUUGCAUCUGAUGUUGCUCGCUACAAUGGCGCCAACAAAUGCGAGAUCUGGAAAGGAUUCGCCAAACGCGGUCUGGGAGUCAAGGCUGCUAAUAGUACAAACGAUUUCUCAGUUCCUGAUGAAUGC